AAUUUCGUCUUGUUCCUCAUCCAAUCCAAUCCUUGUCCUCGAGAUAUAUGAAAGAAAAUGAGAAGACAAACUUAUCCUGUUUCACUCCUUCUCAUGCUCCUCACUUUCUACUCACUCACUCACCAACCAAACUUCAUACAUCAUCAUCAUAAUACUAAGAUAAAUGAGUUAGAGACAUUUUAUUAUAUUUUAUAUUUAUUUGAGAUUUAGUCCAUUAAUAAAAGUUACUAUUAAGAAAUGGAGAUAACUGAAGCAACCAGACUAGUCAAAGUAACUUCCCUCCUUAGAAAACAGUGACCCCAAAAAUAAGGCCAUGGACCUCCCUACCAAUAUAGACUCACUCAACAACCUUCAUCUGUCUUUGUACCACAACACCAUCUCUUUUUCUUCCUUUUCUUAACCAUCUUUUUUUCUGAUUCCACAAACCAACCUUUCAAAACAUGUAUGCAAAAAACAAGGACUAUUACACCAACAACAACCCUUUUGUUGAUGAUUUCAUUGAUCCACUUUGCAAGCUUAACCUAAGAGAAACCUCUGAGUUUGUCAAAUCUUUCCCAUUACCAAAACCAAAUGCAGAAAACACAAGAUUCAGCAAUGAUUCUUCAACACACCUGAGAAAACUAGAACCUCCUUCAACACCAGGUAGACCACUUUUCAGCUUCACCUCUUCUCCUUCUUCUUCCAUUGUUGGAAGAAACAAUCUUCCAAGAAAGAGUUUUCCUUCCAAAUGGGAUGAUGCUGAAAAAUGGCUCAUAAGCACUUCCUGUCAUGACUCACCAGCUCACAACAACAACAACAUCAAUCUUAAAGCUGUUCCUUCAGAAUCCUCAAACAUUGGAGCCAAACAAUGUGAUAAUAAUAACAAUAAUAGCUUUAAGCAGAAAAUGGAAGAAAAGGUUUCAAAAGUUGUUACUAAAUGUCAAAGUUCUUCUUCAACUUUGGACCACAAUAACAGUCUUGGAGCUUUCAAUGGAAUCUCAUAUCCAACAGACAUAGUUCUAAAAGAUAAGUUUACAGACAGCAUAGAACCUGUUUUACCGAAAUUCAUCUACUCAGAACCAACAAAAGAAGGAUUCUUGUUUAAAAACAAAGCUUAUGAUGAAUCAAUGAAUGAUGCUGCUUACACUGAAGUGAUUCAUGAGGUUAAACACAAAGAUGUUGGCACGGAGAUGACUCCGUUAGGAAGUUCGACGACUUCGAGAUGUCAUACGCCGUUCAAGAGUUCAUCGCCUGCGCGGCAUAACACUCCGGCUAGUAGAUCAGGACCGUUGGCGUUGGAUAAUGUCGAUGGCAAUGGCUGCAGUGUGGAUGGUAUUAAGCUGGAAGAGUGUCAUUUUGAUAAACUGCAAUUUGGAACAGCCAAGUAUGAUUUGGUUGCGCCGAAUUGGAGUUCGAGCGAAGAGGAGGAGAAGGAGAUAUCGAAAAGUUUGCGACAUAAUGCUAGUUUGAAAGCUGAUUCUGAUUGCAUUGCUUCUACUUGGGAAGAAGAGGAGAAGAAUAAGUGUUGUCUUAGGUAUCAAAGAGAAGAAGCAAAAAUCCAAGCUUGGAUUAACCUCCAAAAUGCUAAAGCAGAAGCUAGGUCAAGAAAGCUUGAGGUGAAAAUCCAAAAGAUGAAAUCAAACUUAGAAGAGAAGUUGAUGAAGAGGAUGUCAGUGGUUCACAGGAAAGCUGAGGAAUGGAGAGAAACAGCUAGACAGCAGCACUUAGAACAAAUGGAAAAAUCAACUCAACAUGCUAAAAAGAUUAUUCAUAAGCAUAAUUCACAAUUUUCUAGGUACAACUCAUGUGGAUGUUUUCCUUGUAAUAACAACCAUUGACUAUAACAUGUGUUUGGUUCAACAUUGACAAAAAAUGAUUUUGGUUUCAUCAUCAAA